AUGCCUCCCAGCAACCAGGCCAGAGCACCUGUUGGCCGCGGGAAGACGUAUAAACGCGGUUAUGUGGCUUGUGUGAGCUGCCGCGCUCGCAAGGUCCGAUGUAUUCUAGGUGAUGAGCCGCCGUGUGCUAAGUGCGAGCGGGAACAUCGCGAAUGUGUGUUUGAGACGAGCCGAAAGGUGGGGAAACACCGACAAGCUCCAAGGUGGUCACUGUCACAAAAUUAUGUUCCAGAGAGCUCGCAUGGCCAGAGCGUCCAGGAGCGACCAUCGGACACUUGCCAACAGGACGCCAAUAGGACACCAAGGGUGAUAUCGAGCACCGGAUCUGAACCAGACCCACUUCAGGUAACAGAUUCUGACACUCAUGGUAACCCAUCCUUGUCUGGUCGAGUAAUGGCGACAAUUUUGGCUCGACCUAGAGAUGCGUUGGAUGUGCUUUUCGAUGCUGCUCGGCCCGAUGUAGGUGAAUCGCCAUCCUCCCAGACAAGGGAGCAGGGGGGACCGGCCAGAAGCAAAACCCAAAUGGCUGUCUCUGCAAGCGGGCUAGUUUCAGUCUCCGGUCUAUCACACCCUAGCGAAUCUGUCCUUGACCUGUGGGACAGGUGUCGAUUUGUACGGCAAGGAUGGUUCACGGCGCAAGAAGCCGUAACGUACCUAGACUUGUUCUAUAAAUAUCUGGCACCUCUUUCUCCUGUUCCUACAGUUGCAUAUUAUGAUCAUAAAAACCAUGAGCAGUUGAUAGUUGAGGAACCCAUGCUCUGUUGCACUAUAUUAAUGAUAGCUUCACGGUAUUUCGUCUUACCGGGAGCUGGUGGGAUCUCUCGGAGCCAUUUUAUUCAUCACCGGUUAUGGCAGUACUGUGAACUCCUAAUCCGUCGUAUUAUGUUUGGACAGGAAAAGUACUCCACCGCCAAAACCAGGAUCGUAGGCUCAAUUGAAAGUCUUAUCUUGAUUUCGGACUGGAAUCCAAGGUCCGUUCAUUUCCCACCUGAGACGGAGGGCUGGGAUGGUGAGCUGAUCUCACCAGCAUACGACCGCCGGAACCGACUUCAAACAAGUGAAGACGUUCCCCUUAUUCGAUGGCGUGAGGAUGUGUUUGAGCCUGCAAAGCGAUCGGAACGCAUGUCGUGGAUGCUGCUUGGUGCCGCAGUGACUCUUGGUUACGAACUGGGCGUAUUCGCUGACGGGUACUCCAAUACUCCCCUGUUGGCCAACUCUCAGCAUGUUCGAGUAUAUCGAGCCCGCAAGCUGCUCUACACCUAUGUUACUCAGAUGGCAGUUAGGAUGGGCUGUCCCUCUCCUAUUCUAGACAAUGUACUCUUCGCCCCGGAUCCAUCGCAGGACAAUAUAACGGAACAUAAAAAUAGACAAUGGGAGGUGUAUAUGAAAUCAUGGACCGAAUUGACUCGUCUGAUGAAAACAGCAUCCGCCAUGUUCUUCCAGUCAAUUUCUUAUGUGAAACAGCAGCUAUCCUCUGGCCGCUACAGUACCCUAUUACAACAUUUUGCGCCGUCCUUGGCUCAAUGGCAUGAUGAGUUUAAGAAGUCCACGGAUACACCAAAAGUACUUGGGCCUUUGCUAUUAAUUGAGUAUCAUCACCUCAGAGCGUACACCAGCGCCCUCGCCAUUCAAGCUGUGGUCGAGAGGGCUGUUGUGAGGGGGGUCAGCUGGAUUGGGGAUACCAGCCGUGAAUCUCUCGAUGGAUGUGUUCUGCCUCACGAUCAAGAUUUUAUUCGUGAUGUUAUUCUGAGCAGCAGUAAAGUUCUUCAAAUUGCCACUGAAAUGGCAAUCGACGGAAUGUUACGAUACGCACCACUCCGCACUCUCGUGUGUGUCACCUCUUCAUCAGUCUAUCUCCUCAAGGCCAUAAGUCUUGGGGCGCACCACACUGAUCUACAUGCCUCUCUCCAUACAUUGGAUGAAUGCAUCUCGGCGUUGCGCUCGUCCGGCACAGACGACAUGGACUUUUCACUGCGGUACGCGAGCCUGAUAGAGAAGCACGUCGAUCGGUUUCGGGCAAAUUUCAUCUCUGAGCGUGUUGCGACUAUGAAUCCAGAUCACCGUCGCUAUCACCUACAGACACCAGAGCCCUUAACCUCAACACAGUCGCGGGAGCAGCCCCAUAUGCACAAUGCGACCAGCAAUUACUCAGGCCAGCAGCCUACUGAUGCUUUUGUUACGCCACAGAUGGAUUCAUGGUGGGCCCAGCCGUUUGACCCAAACAUUGCACCUUUCAACUUCAACGGUGAGGGUGUAUCUAUAGGAUUGGAGUUGGAUUCGUUAGAUUUCUUGUUGAAUUUACCACAGACGCAAGACAUACCAGUCACCAUCCCAAGCAGUCGGGGCAAGAUCCCUUCCCUCCAAGCCUCCCGACUCCGAAGCAUGGUUCUCGAAGCCCACAAUGAUCCAAACAAGAUUGUUGCCCAUGUUUGCAGCUAUGACGCUUUGAGUUCCAAGUUGUGCGAAGAAGCAGGAUUCCCUAUCGUCUUUCUUGCGGGAUACGCCAUGGCCUCGGCGUUUGCACUGCCGGACACCGGAUACAUAGCUUUCCAGGAAGUGGCAGCCAAGGUGCAGGAGGUUGUGAGGGCGACUAGUGUGCCUGUGCUUGUCGAUGGUGAUACGGGAUAUGGGGGACCUAUGAAUGUGCGAAGGACAGUUGAGGGGUUUGCACGAGCUGGUGCUGCAGGAAUUAUGAUUGAAGAUCAGACAUGGCCAAAACGCUGCGGCCACACAAAAGGCAAAGCCGUCGUCUCCCGAAGCGAGGCAUACGCCCGCUGGCGCGCAGCCGUCGACGCCCGGAACGAAGGCCUCGAUAUUUGGAUCAUGGCGCGAACUGAUAGUCUCAUCCACGGCUACGACGAAGCAUUAGCAAGAGCUCGGGAGGCUAUCAAGAUUGGCGUUGACUGUGUCUUCGUCGAAGCCCUCCCCGACCGUGAAACAAUGUUGCGUCUACGAAAGGACCUUGACUUCCCUGUCUUUGCAAACAUCAUCGAAGGUGGGAAGACAGAGAAUCUGUCGGCUAAGGACUUGGCCGAGCUGGGAUACUCUGCCGUUGCGUAUCCCUGGACGUUGGUGGCGGCUAAAUUGAAGAGUAUUCGGGAGACACUUGAGGCCAUCAAGGGGUCAUUUAUGGUGGGUAAACCGCCUACAGUUUUGUCGUAUGAAGAGGUUUGUGAAGGUGUGGGGUUCAAUAGGUACUACGAGAUGGAGGAGAAGUAUCAGUAUGAUGGCUCGGCGACUGGAAGUAAUGGAUACCAGUGGGCUUGA